CUGUGGGCAAUGGAGCCGGCUCUGCUCCUCCUCCUCGGCUUGCUGUGGGGCUGCAGAGGGCAAGCCAUGGGCAGGCUGGUGGUGACACCACAGGAGCCGGUGGUGCCAUACGGGGGCUCGGUGCAGCUGAACUGCUCCCUCCAUGCCUGCGCCGAGGGCACAGUGCAGUGGAAGGGGCUGGACACCAACCUGGGGAGCGUCACCUCCUUUCCCACCCACAGCAUCCUGCACGUCAGCAGCGCCGUGGUUGCCAUGGGGGGCACCAAGAUCUGCCAGGGGGCUUGCCACGGGCAGUACUACCAGCGCACCGUCAAGCUGAGGGUCUAUGCACUGCCGGAGGGGCUGCAGUUGGAGGCAGCCCCCCGAGCCCCAGUGCCGGGGCAGCCCCUCAGCCUGCGCUGCUCAGCCCAUGGCGUGUACCCGCACACGGGGCUGCUCCUCACCUGGUACCGAGGGGACCAGGCGCUGCCGGCGGCAGAUCCCGAUGUCACCGAGACCGAGGAGGAGCUGUUUGACAUCGUGGCCACGCUGGCGGUGGAUGGGAAGGAAGUGGAGGAAGGGACGGAGUUCAGGUGCGAGGUGGUGCUGAGCGUCGGGCAGGAAACCUUCACCAGGGUAGCAUCGGUGGUGGUGAGCGCCGGGGCUACGCUGGUGGCCACAGGGCCCCCUUGGCCAGCACCAGCUCUGACACAGAGCCCCAGCACAGCUGCGGCCACCGCAGAGCCGAGCAUCCCCACGCACGGUCCCACCGCAACGAAGGAGCCUGAUGCUGCCACCGAGCAUCCUGCUCCCGGAGCCACCGCAGGCAGGGAGCAUCCGGUCACCCUCUCCCCGCUGCCCGGCCCCGGCACGGCCGAGAUGCAGCGGCUGGAUCCAGCCACGGGCACGGUGCCCGCCUGCAGCCUGCGGCUCUGGUCGCUGCCUCCCACCGGGACGCGGGGCAGGGAGCUGCGCAUCGAGUGCCGGGCUCAGUGUCCAGGCAACGCCACCGUGCGCUGGCUGCGGACCCCGGUGGCCCUCUCGCAGUACCGGCAGGAGGCGGCGGGCAGCAGCUCCACGCUGCGGCUGGACCGCGCCGAGCCCCGGCACCAGGGCCACUACCAAUGCAUCCUGCUCGGACCCCGCUCCCGUGCGGCCAGUCUGCACCUCGCGGUGCUGGACGACGCGUCCAGCACGGGUCCUGCCGUCGCUGCGGGGACAACGGUGUCGCUGCUGGGACUGAUCGUGGCCGGUGCUGGGGCUCAUCGCCUGUGGAAGCGAUUCCACUCUCAGUACGAGCUGCCUUAGGAGCAGGAGCCCUGCAGACACCCGCAGCCGGACCCGUCCCUGCUGUCACCCGCCUGCCCCGCUCGCAGCGGCGGCCGCGGAGCUGGUGGGAUGCGGGAUGCGGG